UCACGUAUCCACACCAUGCAAGACACGCCGCUGUCUCAUUGUUGCUUUGUGGUUGUUAGAAGGCCAGACUCAGCCUUGGGUAGACUUAGCCAUCUAAUAAAGUCUAAUUUUUCGGCUUGCUAUGCAUCUCACAGAACUUGACUGGGAGUGUUUGUUACAUCUUUUUUCUUACCUGGAUAAGGAUAGCCGCCGCAGCCUGUCUCUGACAUGCUUACAGUUAAGACAGGUCUUCCUGGACCCUCAGUUGUGGACGCUUCUCCACUUCAGGUCUCCUUGUGAGCUAAGGAGGGAUAACUUUGUUUUGGGCCCUUCGCUGAGGUACCUGGCCAUAUGCUGGCACUCCAGUAGGGUCAAAGUGUGCAACACUGAGAACUGGAUGAAGACCACAUUCCAGAGGGACCUUUGCAGCAUGCACGAGAGCAUUGUCAGUGACUUCCUGGAGAGCGUGUGCCACAUGUGUCCAAAUUUACUUACCCUCACUCUGUCUGGAUGCGGCCACAUCACGGACCACGAUGUCAUUAACCUGCUACAGACCUGCAGGGGUCUACGCAGCCUCAGUCUAGAGAACUGCGCACGAGUGACGGACUCCAUCCUACAGGCAGUGGUGGACCAUGGUUGCAAUCUCACAGAGGUGAGGGUGGACUUCUGCCGCAACGUGACCCAGGCAGGGCUUGAUAAGAUCAGGGAGAAACGGCCAGAUGUGCACCUGAGCGCACUACACAGUGCGGAUAUGAUUCCAGACAGCAAACCUGAGGAGAAGACGCAGAUCAGGAGAACUCUGCAGAAGUUCUUGAUCUUCUCCUAAGAACCUGAGGAAAGAGUUUACACAGACCUAAAAAUUAAAAAAUGUGGAUUCACAACAUUUGAUCUAUUCUUCUUUUAAAUGUUUUACUUAUUUUUAUUUAACUUUUUAAUUAUAUUACACUUGUGGGGUUUCUUUUGUACAGUAAUUCCUUAUUUUAUCAUUUCUAGUGUUUCCAUGCUUAAAACACUUUAAGGAGUGGUGAUCCUUAUAGUUGAAGUGUGCAAUUUCUGCACCAAACGGACUUAAAAUAAUGACUGUUUUUUAAAGAGGUUUACUGAAUACUGCCCCCAUCUACCAUUGGUCAAACAAACAAAUAGUCCAAACUCACGGCAAUUUUGGGUUGGUGGGGAUGUUCAAACAAACAAGCAAUGUUUUGAUAGCGUCACCGAACCACAGUGUUUACAGAUUCCAAAGAUAUUAAUCUACAAAUGGCUUACUUAUAAUUUUAUCUGCAUAUUAAUCUGGGAUAGGAGGAAGUAUUUUUACAUUGAAAACAUCCACAUCACCUUUAAAGAUAGGAUUUUUUGGAAUGUCAUCAUCUCCAAAGUUUUCAUUCCAAAGUCAUUGCAGUGUUCCAUGUUUAUAUUCAGUCUUCCAACUUUUGAAUCUUUUGUUUUAGCAGUAAAUUUACACCUGUAAAUGAUUCCUUUACGAAUCAACAUUACUCUUUUUUUGUUCCUUCACUGUCAUGAGUUUGUUUGUUUGUUUGUUAGUUUGUUUGACUCCAUGUGAUGACUCUUUGGUCAGUACAAAGAAUAAUCAAGUAUUUAACAUGCAGGGCAAUGGCCCAAUCCAAUCAAUUCCAACCAAAUCCUACGUUUUGAUAAUAAAACAUUUAUUAAAACCA